CGACUAUAUGGUUGCUUCUACGUAUUGAAAGCAAUAAUGGAGGAUUUGGAUUUUCCGAUUUGCAUAUUGAAAAUGAAUCUCCAGUGUUGUGAAGACUUCCCUUCACGGGUCAAGAAGCUUUUGCGCCAAGUAAAAGGAGUUUACGCCAUAACCAUAGACCCGGUGAAGGGUCUGAUUUUGGUCUGUGGCACAGCAGAACCUUCGGUGCUUAUCAAAGCCGUCGCAAAAUUGGGGCAAAGUCCCCAACUUUACGCCUACGAGAAGGAUCCAGCUACAGCAAAGACCCGAUUCCGCACCUUGCUUAAACGUUAUGCCACCAACAAGACACAAGAUAAACCAUCCCCGCCUGCACCACCUGUCACGGCAACCACCCCCGUGGAAACUUGUCCAGCAGGAGGUGAAACAUUUAGAGGUUUUGGGUAUCCUGGACCAACGACGAUGAUGCAGAUGCCCGCCUUUUCGUUGCCCCCACCGAGAGGACUGCCGGGAUGGUUAGCACCACCGACAAACCCGAGGUUGAAGUACGAGGAGCCAAAGGUGACGCCGAGGAAGCCGCCUGCGCCUUAUCCUUUCGAUUACUACGAAAACUUGGGGUUUCCACCAUCCGACUCUCUUUUCAACUAUUUCAGCGAUGAUAACCCUCAACCUUGCUCCAUCAUGUGACUAGGGCUUCUUCCUCAAUUUGACUCUGUUUUUCUUAGUUUCGUGUGAGGAGGA